AGGGUUACUAAGAGUCGCCAUGUUUAAACAAUAUGGCGGAACGUGUGUGGGAAAUAACGUAACAUCAUGAUAUUACUCCAAGCAGUAGGUUAGUCAGCGAGUAGUGACACAGCCAGGGCGCGGUCGACCAGACAAGUAUGGACAGUCCAUAUGACAAGGACGAUCAGUCCGAUGAUGGCGAGGACCAAAGUGAAGUAGGACAGUCCACUUAUCGCGACCAGCAAGAGGAAGUUGCUUCCGGAAUGUCGGAUUCUGAGUCAGACAGUGAUCAGGAGGAGGUGGACCCAGACGGGACGGAUUCUGGUUACGAUAACAAUGAUGGUGUCGGAGGUGGUCCGGAGCUGUCCCUCAUGGAUGGAGAGUCGAUCCUGGUCCAACAACCACUGGAGAUGGAGGGUGAAGGCGAAGGGUAUGGAGACGAAGACACCGGUAUCAGCACACAGGCGGACGACGCGUCGGAGUACGAAGGAGAAGGCACCAGUCGCACGGAACAGCUGCAGCAGGCUGACAUAGAUAAGAAAGAACUAGAAAAAAAAGCAAAGAAGAAGAAGAAAAAGAAAAAAAUAUACUACAUAUGUCUUGCCAACUGCAAGUAUGAUGUUGUACGAAAGGUGUCUCGGAAGUUUGGUUUUAAAGAGGUCGGUGAGGAUGAAGACUGGACUCUGUAUUGGACAGACUACUCCGUAGCACUGGAACGUGUCAUGGACAUGAAGAAGUACCAGAAAAUCAAUCAUUUUCCUGGAAUGAGUGAAAUUUGUCGAAAAGACAUGUUGGCUAGAAAUAUGAACAGAAUGUUAAAAUUGUUUCCUAAAGAUUACAAUGUCUUCCCGAAAACCUGGUGCCUUCCAGCCGAUCAUGGGGAUUUCCUGGCAUUCACACGACAGAAGAAGAACAAGACCUAUAUCCUCAAGCCAGAGACAGGCUGUCAGGGCAAGGGUAUCUGGGUCACCAAAAACCCAAAGGAAAUCAAACCCCACGAACAUAUGAUAUGUCAGCAGUAUAUGUGUAAGCCUUUGUUACUAGAUGGAUUUAAAUUUGAUUUAAGAAUCUAUUGCCUGGUCACCUCCUGUGAUCCUCUCAGGAUUUUCCUGUUCAAAGAUGGCCUGGCUCGGUUUGCUACCAACAAAUAUAGUGAACCCACCAAUAGCAAUAUUGAUAAUGUUUUCAUGCAUCUAACAAACUAUGCCAUCAACAAACACAGUACAGAUUUUAUCAGGGAUGAUGAGGCUGGAAGUAAAAGGCGAAUCAGUACUGUGGACAGAUACAUGCGUCAGAAGGGUUAUGACAUCGAUAAAAUGUGGAAUGACAUUGAUGAUGUCAUUAUAAAGACUCUCAUAUCAGCCCACUCUGUUCUCAAACACAACUACCGCACAUGUUUCCCUAAUCACGUGAAAGGCAGUGCCUGCUUCGAGAUCCUGGGGUUUGAUGUUCUGCUCGAUAGGAAGCUACGACCCUCAAUACUCGAGGUAAAUCAUUCGCCUAGUUUCAACACAGACUCGGAACUAGACCGGGAAAUCAAAGGUGCUUUGGUGUGGGACACACUUAACUUAGUCAAUUUUGGUGCUUGUGAUCGCCGUAAGUGUAUUGAGGAAGAAAAGCGGCGGAUCAAGGAAAGGCUUCUGGGGAGAGGCACGAAGAAGGAAACCAAAGAGGAGCUGGAGUUGGCUCAGGCUCAAUAUUUAGAGACUUUAGAGAGAUAUGAGAAUGGCCACCUUGGAAAUUUUCGGCGGAUAUAUCCCGCUCCUGGGUGGGAGAAGUAUGACAAGUUUUUCCACAGUAGUGGGACACUUUUCCAGGAAACAGCAGCCUUUAAAGCCAGAUCUGAAUUAGCCAGACAACAACGAGAUGACAUAGCACGUAAAAAGGAAAAGUUGGAAUCCAUGUUGAAGGGAAAGAAAGGAAAUACGACUGGUUUACGCCCGGAGAGUCCAAACAGUCGUAGACGACGGACACUCAGACGGACAACUAUGCCAUCCCGACGUCUCCUUAGCUCGCGUAACAGCCUUGAGGUGAUGGGGAGUGAGUCAUCACGUCAAGUGUACGAUGAACCGCUGGACACGUCAAAACCAAUGGACAUUCUAGAGGAGGAGGAACUGGAAAGGAUCAGUGGCCUUUUACAGCGUGAUAAUUUGGUCCGCGGUCUGGGAAUCGUGGAACAUGUGUACCGCCUCCUACAUUGUACACCUGGUACCAUGGGGGUCCUGAAAACGGAUGCUCGAGCACUUCCUCCUCCCCUGAUUUACAUCCAUAAUCCAUUAGCCACCAGACCAGAUUCACAGGAUAACCAGCGAUGGCUGUGCUCUAGUAGAAACACAGAGUCUUGUCUCAUGGGGCGCCAAGCCCCUGUACGUAUAAAGGACCGCCAGUAUUAUAAAAAGCUGCUGGAUAGGUACUUUGGACACAACCAUGCCCUCGCAAACGAGAUCUCCACAAAGGGAGAAAAGAGAAGUAAACAACCUAAGGCCGCCAACAACCAUGCCAACUGUACGUCUAACUAUCAUGGCAGCGUGUUUUGUCAGACUCGCGAGGACACACGACAAUUCCCGCAAGUUAGACUCUCGUACAGCACAAGUGAUCGGAAGGUGGUUCUAAUGCACCAACCUUUCGUCAAUGCUGAUGAGUGCGAAGGCGAAGAGCUUUACGAGGACGAGCCAAGCUAUGGCUCGUCCGGCCGAAGUACCACCUGGCAGGGGAAGUCGGGAAGCCUUGGUAGCCUUAACGAGAAGACAGUGCCAUCCUACCAGAGAAGUAAGUUUGUGAGAAAGCCCCUUGGAGGAUCGAAUAGAUCAGCUGGAGGGACGGCCAUUAUCCCAGAGACAGAUUACCGAAACAACAUGUCCCAUCUAAUGGAUACAGAAGCUGAAAGGGCUCGGCUGCUGGCAAAAAACGGCUACACAACGACUGGAGAGUGGCGCUCCGACACCACCACACCUAGUGCUACACAGAAACGUACACUAAGUGCUCAUGGUCAGCGCAAAGAAGCUUUCAGUUCCAUCUACUCAAAUCGCACCGUGUGGCAGUACCACCUAGAAAGUGUCCCACUGGACACGACAAACAAAGGCCCUAAAUCCGCUGAAUCAUCAGGAAUCAACCUACCCAGAGUCCCAGCUAAUAGUGGGCCGCAGGGUCUAUCAGUGGUCUCGGCCCCUGCACCUGUAGUUCAGCGGCCAGAGCUUGCAUCUCGUUCUGAACUAGAAUCCCCCGGAGCAUUGUCCAUCACCAGAGUUGGCUCUAAUCAGUCGAUGCCAGAAAGUCAGGGUAGCUCCGCCCACCUUCGGUCGACCAAGUCCCAGCGGAUACGUGGGGCCACAAACAACUUGAGACUUCGGCAGCUGGAACUUAGGGAAAAUCAUGCUGUGGUGUUUAGCUGAAAUUUAUAAAACCAAAAUACGAAGUAUUUAUUUACAUUCAGUAUUAAUGUCAAGAGAAACUAUUUGUUGGUUGUGUGACGUGGUGAAAAUUGUGAUAAAAGCAUUUCUGUUUUUGGCGCUGGUUCCAUAUACUUAAAACCAGCGCGAGGAAAUGUGUAGUGGUGUGUGUGUGUGUAUAAAACCACAAAUGCCACAUAUCGGACAACACUGUUGUUUUAGGUUGUGAGGACAUAUCCUGAAAUUAUAAGGCAUUCACCAAGUGUAUCGGACAACACUGUUGGUUUAGGAUGUGAGGACAUAUCCUGAAAGUAUAAGGCAUUCACCAAGUGUAUCUGAGUGCCUACAGAUGAUCUACUGCUGCUGGUAUUGUCAUUUCAGUGUUUAAAGUAGCCAUCACACCAAACAUUGAGAAUGAUUGAGGCGGACAUUUUUGUCGGACAUAUCGCCUCUAGCCCUGUAGGCAUUAUUACUUACCUGUACUUAUCUGCAGUAAAAAGUUCUCGGAAAGAAUUACAUUGUCUUGGUUUAUCUCCAAGAACAGUGAGGAUCAUCCCAAUGUUAAGAUUGAUAUAAGAAUAAAAUACCAUUAAGUAAGAAAUUGUGAAAAAAAAAAAAAAAAAAAAAGGUAAAACAAUUUAACUAAUGAAAAUUGAAUUAAUCAUAAUUUGUCACUUUUGCAAAAAGAAUUUUCAUACAUUAUGUAUUUAAAAAUCUAAAAAAAAGUAAUUUCCUGGUCAAUUUAACAAUAACAGGUAAUAUGUGUGCAAAUAAUAAUUUUUGUAAUGUUAUUUUUCAAACUUUGAAAAAUAUUGAAUGCUUUAGGUAAAUAUCAACAUUGUGAGAAAAAAAUGCCUCAUUUUUAUUGCAGUGUUUAAAGUAAUAUUUUUAGUGUCUGAUAAACUGUGAUAUGAUCUUAAAGCUCAUCAGUAUAUUUGGUAUAAGUGGUAUUUCUGAACAACUGUGAUAUAUAUCUGUGUGUGUUUUAACAUCCAUAAUAAAUGUUAACUUCUACAUAUCAAUCAAGAUUAAACAAGCUGUAUUUAAAUUGUCAUUUUAAUAAAUUUUCAUUAUUACCUCAAUUAUUUAUUAAAUUAUAUUUACUUUCUUUUUCAUUCUUCUUACAAUAUUUACUUGUUGCUCCCUUUGUCAUUCUCAUUGAGUAGUCUAGGAGAUGACAGAAUUUCUUAGAUAACGUGUAUAUUUAUUAUUGCUUGUGUAUUUUGGCAUAAACAUUCCACCUCAUUGUCAUUAGCCUAGUGCCAAUUUGAAAUGAAGUUUACAUUAAUGUUUUGUCGUGUUUUUUUCAUGUUUUCAGCGGUAAUUGUGGAAAUGGGAGGGGGAGUGUCCCUGUACCCAGUAACCCCGGUGAACCGCAACAUCAACACAAUAUAUUGUCACCUGUAUUAAUCGUGUCUGUAUCAUCUUUACUAGUCUGUAAUACCAGUGAAAUGUUGUGGUUAAAAUGAAAUGGUUUUUUUCUAGCGUGAAUUGAUUGUGAUGAAGUAGAAAAGUUAAAGAUAUUCUUAAUUAUGAGAAGAAAAAAAUCCUCUCCCAUGGUGGAAAUGUUCCAACUCUAACUUGGAUAAGAUUUUUGAAUGGCUACCCAUGGCCCUCAGUCUGAAGAUUCUGUUUAAACAGUUAACAAUAUCCGACUCAGGAUGAGAUUUUCUAGCCUGAAAAUCAGGAAGAUUCUAAAGAAAACAACUUUUCUCUGUCAUUAUUAGUGCAAAAUAGCAACAUUCUAAUUAAGCUUCAGAUGAUGAAAUAUCAUUCACUUGGAACAGAUUAUCACCUUGAUCAGUUUACUUAUUAGCCAAUUAUCAAAUGCUUACUUAUUUCUUACAUUAGUGUCAAAUUGAUUGAUUAUAGUUAAUUGUUUUGUUCACACCUAUCAGUUCACCAAGGUGCCAAAAACAUGAUGCCUAAAGUGAGGUUUGGCUUUACUCAAUGUUUAUAUAUUUAUUCUAAUGGUAAAAAUCAAUGGUAUUGAUUGUAUACACAUAUUAUAUAGAGCUUUAAACUCAUAUGCAACAAUGUGCACAGCAGUGUAAUGUGACCAUGGAUGAGGAGUGUGUAAAAAGAGUUGUGAAAAAUGUGUGAAAAUGUAUCAAUUAGGAAACAUUUAACAUAAAAAAAGGCGGAAUGCUCAAAUUAGUUCUUGUUUGGUAGGGAUGUUUUAAAUUUGAGGUUUGUAUUUGUUAGAUUUAACAAUUCUUUUUAUGUUUUCAAAAUCUUUUAUUGGAUUUAUGCAACACUGAUUAACAAGGUGACUAAGGUGACUAAAGAUAUCUGUCAACCUACAAAGUAAACAUUUUUACACAUUUUCUCAACUGUUUGUAUGAUGUUUUGAUUGAGGUUUAUAAGUUUGUAUUAUACAACUGUUGGAAGUAUCUAAAUUUUAAAAUUUGAGAAAUUGUAAUGAUAUUAUUCCAUGUUUUUUGAAUAUUUUAGAAAUUCUAAUUCAAAGCCAAAUCCAUACAGUUAUUUCUGAGCUAUUGUUUAAAUGCAUUUUCAAGUGACUCGUCAAAGCCAAAAGGCACAAGUAAGCCUGCAUCAUCAUCCAUGUCUGUUCACUUUGAUGGUGGUGAUGUAAUUUGUUUAUAUGGUCUCAUCCUCCAUACUUCAGAGAUUAUGAUCACAUCAAUUUCAGUAGAGUGUUGGUAUAUAACACCUGGAGUAUUCAGGAUGAUAUGGUCUGUACAUUGUUAUAUGCUCAUAUUAUUGGGACAAAGUUUUGUGUGGCAGAUGUGAUACAAAAUUUUGUACAUUUUACCCGUGAUUGGUGAUAGAGUUAUCUCCCUUGUUGCCUACUUUAAAAACCUUAUACAAUGUACAUGUACCUGUAAUUGAUGACAGAGUUAUCUCCCAUGUUGUCUACCCUAAAAACCUUAUACAAUGUACAUGUACCUGUAAUUGGUGAUAGAGUUAUCUCCAAUGGUGUCUGCCCUAAAAACCUUAUACAAUGUACAUGUACCUAUAAUUGGUGAUAAGAGUUAUCUCCCAUGUUGUCUACCCUAAAGACCUUGUACCCGGUAGUUUAUUUUGUAAUUGAGUUAUACCUCAUCAUUAUUAUUUUCCAUGUCUCCUGUAACCAGGCCAAAACUAAAGCAGAUACUUAAAAGGGUUCAUUUUGUAGGUUUUUUUUAAUAAAAUGAGGUAUAUUUAAGUAGGAUAUAAAAUUUUAACAUCUUAGGAUACUAAAUUGGAGUCCAUCUUAGACCCUAACAAGUCAAUCUGUUCAUGUGACAGUUUAGCCGAUUCAGAUUUCUGACAAAUACUUAGAAUUUUUGGCUUUGGACAAAUGAAAUCCAACAUGAACAUAUAUGUCAUGUUGACCAGACAGAUUUAAAAUUCAAAGAUAACUAUAAUUAUACUACAUGUAUAUAUUUAAUAAUAAUCUGUUUUCUGUUCAGAAUUUCAAUUCUACACUAGCAAUUUUGUUUUGAUACAUAUACCAAGUCAGAGUGGAAUGGUUGGGUCUCUGGAUCACCGUAUUUAAAACCAUAUUCUUAUUUAUAUGCCAUUAAAAUUCUCAGUUUUAGUAUCUUUGUUUCCAUUUCAUUCAUGUGUACCUUUCAUCACUUAAUUAUCCUAGUCUUACCAUUUACACAAUCCUUAUUGUGGAAAUCUGCUGUCAAGAUCAUAGUAAUGUAGCAUAUAGCCUUAAGUCCUUAAGACAGUUCUUACCAGUAAUUAAAUUUAACUCAUUGCAUUGCUGGAGAUUUUCCUCACUGAAAUUACUACUGUAAUUGUAGCUUUGACUAGAUGUCCCAGGUUAAAAUAUAAAAAACCUUAAACUUGAGUCUUGCAUGAUGAAUGUUAUAGAAUGAAUUUAUUAUAUAUAUACAGUAUAUUGUAAACCCAGUUUGUUUUGUUUUUAAGUGCUUUCUGUUGUGAAUUAUUCUGUUAAUAUAUUGAGACACUUGAAUAUAAUUGUGCAUAAAGGCAUUCAAGGUUUUACCGAGUAGGUAUUUUGACAAUUAUUUAUUUGAUAAACACUGCAUACCCUGUGGCUUAGAUUUAAUGUAUAGGAUUCCUUUCUAUAACUCAUUUCUUUUUUGGUUAAAUGAAUAUGUCUUAUUUUACACUGAUCCGUCCUUUUUUUAUCCAUCCAUCAAUCCGUAAAUGUCUACAUGUUUUUGUCCUAACUUUCUUACCAUUUAAACAAUGUAAUGCGGUUAACAAGUGUGAAAAAAUGUAUUUUACUUGUAAUUCACAUGUGGAAAGCAUGAUGAAAUAUUAUACACAUAUGCAAUUCACAACUUGGUGGACACACUUACCCUCAUUAUGUCCAAUUUUGAAUUUAUAGCUGUUGAAAAUCUUUUUCCAUAUGAUCUGCCGAUGCAAUUUUCAGUCUUUUGAAUAAAACUUUUUUUUUCAAUCAAUCUGGAUUUCACAUCGGAUGUUUUUCCUUUAAAUGGUCGUAUUAAGUGCACUCCACUUGGGGAUUUUGAUUAUGAUUUUUAAUUUGAAUUUGCCUUGAAAUGAAACUAGAAAAUAUCAGACUGUGUGCACACCCAAAAUAGCAGCAAGAUCAUUUAUAGACUUGAAAGUAACAGAAAUAGGACCAGAAUGUGCCUAAAAAUAAAAGUGUAUGAAAUAUCUCCAUAUUAUAUACUAAGUAUAUAGUGUACAAGUACAUAAGUCCAGUAACACUGAUGCCAAAACCAUCAUUAUAUUACAGAUAUUUUAUAUAAAAAUUGUGUUGGGGUUGAAAAGUAAUCUUUUAAAUACAAAAUUAAAUCUCAGUAAAUAUCAUUUUAACACAAUGAUAACAUUUCAGGAAUAAACUUUGCAUUUAUUAGAACUAUACUUCACAGUAAUAAUUAACUUCCAAAAACUGUUGAAAAUAAAUUGUGAAAACAUUCUUUAUACCCAGGUAUACAGGAUCCUUUAAAUCAGAUUUUAUUUUGGUAGCUUCAGUUCCUACUGACCAUAUUACAGCUCCCGACUCGAUUGUGACAUUCUCUGGUACUCAAGUUUGAUGACAUUAGAUGUGUUACCAGAACUUAUGUUUCUAGACUGUCUAUUAACAGCAUUCAAAUGUACAUAUUACCGUGUAGUUAACUGUUUCAUCUUGUGUAUCUACUGGAAAUGGUGAUAUACAAUGUUUUUAUAUAUCAGUUUAUGAUAUUCAAUAAAAUAUUUUGAACAUCA